AUGGCGUGGCUUCUCACUGUUUAUCAAAGGACAUGUACUCUCCAAGGCCGGAUACUGUCUCUGAGGCAGGACCCUUCCCAUCUCCAUUACAGGGUUACCUGGCCGGAAUAUCAGGAUGCUCUCCCGACGCCGCCAUCACGCAGAGUCACAGAUGAACUCAAUCAAGACGACACGGAGGAGCUUGUUCGUCGAUACUUUAGCUUGAACCUUGACCUUGGUGCUCUAUACGAUCAGUGGUCAAAAUCGGACCCUAAUUUUCAGAAGAAAGCCCCUGAGUUUAAGGGUGUGCGAAUUCUUAGCCAGGAUGCCUGGGAAGCGCUGAUAUGCUUCAUAUGCAGCAGUAACAACAACAUCAGUCGCAUUUCUCAAAUGGUCCAUAAACUAUGCAAUCAUUACGGGCCCCUCAUCGGCUACAUUGAUGGAGAACCCAUGCACGACUUUCCCACUCCCGAAUCUCUUACUGGCAAAAAUGUCGAAUCACAUCUACGAGAGCUAGGUUUCGGCUAUCGUGCGAAAUAUAUUGCGAAUACGGCUCGCGUAGUUGCCCUCGAGAAACCAUCCUCAUGGCUUGAAUCGCUCCGUAAUCCUCGACACUCUGGGCCCAGACUCUCGUCAAGUGCGGGCAGUAGCAACCCAACAUACAAGGGAGCCCACGAAGCACUGCUGUCAUUAACUGGUGUCGGACCAAAGGUUGCUGACUGCAUAGCGCAGAGAGAUUACAAAUUCGGCAAGUCAAAAGCGAAGACGUUCAACAAAGCAAUGAUGGGCGCACUCGGUGUUGUUUACGGCUGA